UCGUCGCAGGAAUCGUGAGGGGAGGAAAGCAGCUUAGUUGUGAAGACUAAGAAAGUGGCCGUCACCAACAGAAUCAGCCACAGCAUUAGCUUCGGAAAAGCUUUGGUCAUCGAGUCGUGGAUGAGAUUUUCCGAAUUGCCCUAAAUAGAGUGUAUUCAAGUUUCUGCCCAAAUCAUUCCCGCGCCUCGCCGAGAACCACGUUGGUGACGAACGACCUCGCAGAUAUCAGGCAAAAGGCAUUCGAACUACUUAAUUCCCAUCGCCAUUCGCCCUAAUUUUCAUAUCGACAGGUAUGCAUUCCUUCGAACCACUUAAUUUACAAUGAUUAACCAAGUUGAUUGCUGUGAAUGUAUGAAAUCUGGGUUCAUUUGGCCUUCGUUGGAAUUUAUUGCUGUAAAACUGUAUGAAAUCUGGGUUCAUUUGAGCGGUGUUUAUACUUUCUCCAAUGUUGGUGUUUGAUUUUUUGGUAUGUUGGUGUUUGAGCGAUUGUAUAGGAUUUAUAGUGCAUUGUUGCUUCUGCCUCUUGGUAGAUUUUGGGUGUUAUGGCCUCUCAACACCAUGAAGUUAGCGAGAACGAAGGAAGUCCAGAGGGUAAUGUUGUUCUUGAUUCAUGUAAUCGUUUACUAUGGUAUGUAUACUCAAAAAUUCGAGAUUCAUCAGUUGUUUCGCGCAAUAGGUAGCAACGACUUCUAUCCGAAUAGGAACUCAAAAGCUGACAGGUCUAGACGCAUAUGGUCAGUCCGUGAAGAAGAGAUCCUAAUGGCAACUCUAAAGGAGUUGGCAGCUAAUGGAUGGAAAUCCGACAAUGGGUUUCGCUCUGGUUACCUGGUACGCGCGAGGGAGGCGAUUAAGCGUGAAUUUCCAAAUACCGAUAUCCUCCCACACCCGCACAUCUACUCCAAAAUAACUACUCGGAAGAGGAGUUAUGGAUCACUAAAGAUGAUGCUAAACCACAGUGGCAUUGGCUUCAAUUCGGAUGGUACAUACCGAAUUGAAGCCGAUGAUGAACAGUGGGCACUUUUUUGCAAGAAAGACAGACAUGCGAAGUACAUGAGGAACAAAUCGUGGCCUCAAUACGAAGACUGGAAUGAGGUGUUUGGUCAGGACCGUGCGGAUGGUGAACGUGGUAUAGACGUGUCUGCUGCUGCGGGUACAAUAUACGGCCAACAAAAUGAAGUUCCAGUCGAUGAGGCCAUUUCCCCCCACAUGACGUUUGCAAAGCUAUUUCCUGACGAGCCAAUCCCGGACGGGAUCCUUCCAGACAUGAUAGCCGACAGCCAAUCUGUAACAGAGGGUGGAGUGCCUGGAUCUGGUGCUGGUGUUGAUGUCGGGACAGUUUCGGGGGCGGGGGUGCGUCAACCACAUGCCGUGGGGGCUGCAUCUGGGUCGGGGUCCGGUCCAGAACAAAAACUAACUAAGAAGGUGAUGAAGAAGCGAAAGGUCGAAGACAAGAUGGACGGCGUGCUAACGCUCAUGGGACAGCUUCACAGCGAUACUAAUGAUCGUUUGACCGAGAUUUCGAAGAGAAUAGGAUACGAGUUCGAUCUAAGCAACAAGCGGGCUGAGGUCUUUGACCAACUGAAAGGUCUACCCGGCUUAUCUCUUAAGCUACAAUUCUAUGUGAGUAAGAAGCUGGUCAAAGGACCCGAGCUACUUGACCUGUUUCGGGGGUUGCCGGAAACUGCUCAUGCAGCGUUUGUCUUCGACCUAUUGGAAUCCGACAACAUGUUGCAAGGCUGAUCUUGGUGACGAAAUGGUUGGUAAUGUUUUUUUGCUUUGAUGGUGCAGCAGUUGGUGGUUUUGUUUCGGGCAGCAGUAGCAUUUGGGAACUCUUGUGUAUGGCCCUGCUUUUGUAUGCAUUUUUUGUUAUUUUGUGAUCUUUACCUAAACAUGAAACUUUGUUAUGCAUAGUUUUUGAUGGAACCUUAUUUCAUAAUGUUAGCUUCUUUGUUAA